UUGCAGCAAUAUAUUGUCAAAUAUUUUGAAAGAUAGAAAUGGAGAAAAAAAAGAAAAGUGGUUCAAAAAGUCAUCGUUCGAAAAAAUAUGUGAAAAAUAAAUCUACAUUAUCAGAUUUGAAGAUUAGAAAUCCAUGUAAUUGUGAGGCUACAACCCAUCCACUUGUAAAUAAUUGUAUUAACUGUGGACGAAUCGUAUGUUUAAGCGAAGGACCAGGGCCGUGCUUCUUUUGUGGAAAUAUUGUUUGUUAUAAUAACGAACCACUGCUACAUUUAAAUUUGACAGAAGAAUUAAAUGAUCAGUCUAAGAGAUCUAUUGAAAAUAAGAGUAUUUCUGAAAUUAAUUCUAGCAAAACUCUCAAAUUAAGAGACAAGUUACUUGAAUAUGAUAGAGAUUGUGCAAGUCGAACAAAUGUUAUCGACGAUGAAUGUGAUUAUUUUCAAACUAAUAACAAGUGGUUAUCUAAAAGUGAACAAGAACAAUGGGAAAAGUUAGCAUAUGAAGCUCAUGAACAAAAGCAUAGAUCACGUUUACAAAAGCCAAUAUCAAUUGAUUUAACAGGAAAGGUCCAGCAGACACAAGAAGAUUUUCUAUUAAAGAAUUUUGAGGGAUUAACGACUGUUCCGCACAAGAGAGAAUCUAAUAUUCAACCAGAAGGGCUCCAUUAUAAUGAGUAUCAGUCUUUGGAAGGAGCUACGUAUGUUACUACUGCAAAGUUACCUUCAAGUGUAACGGUUAAAAAAAAUAAUUUUAAUUUAUAUCGUAUACAAGAUAGAGAAUACUUAGAAAUGUUAGACUCAGGAUUAUGUUUAAGUGUUCAUCAGCCUUAUGCUUCAUUAAUCGUUACUGGAAUUAAAAAGUAUGAAGAGCGUACAUGGUAUACACCUCAUAGAGGUAGACUAUGGAUCGCUUCAACAUCUAAAGAAAUCGAUGUCGAGGAGAUAAAAUUUGAAGAGGAAGCGUGCCAAUCUUUACAUAAUGAAAAAAUUGACUUUCCUAAAACAUAUCCAGUCGGAUGUUUAAUUGGAUGCGUUAAUGUUACCAAUGUAUUAUCUCAAGAAGAAUACAUGGAACUGUAUCCGGAUAGGAAAACAUCUAGUCCAUAUAUAUUUAUAUUUGAAAAUUUUAUUGAAUUACCUAUAAAAUAUCCAAUACAAGGAAAGCACAAAAUAUAUAAAUUAGAUAAAGUUAUUCAUGGUGCUGUAUUGAACUGUUUGGAAAAGAUGUCUAUGCAAAUGUCAAAAAAAGUUGCAUAAAUUAAAGUUACCGUUAAAUCGGUUAUGUAAGUAAA